AUGAGUCACCCAAUGCCUUCGUCAUCUACAGGUGAGGCUCAGCCCUCGACCCCACAAGCACCGCCCGAUCCAGCCCGGUGGUAUCUCGACUUCUGGGUCUACGACGCCCCAGUCAACCUCGCGAUCCCGGAGCUGCUCAUCGGCCUCCGCAGCCAGAUUGAAGACCGCUACAGUCGGAGGGACUUUCGCAUCGAGCCGUCCCCCCCGUCCGAGCGUCAUCUGCUGGUCCGGGCCGUCGUCCGCACUGAAGACUGGCCACAAGACGAGGAGAAGGAGCAUGAAAAACUGCACGAACAAUUAAGUGACAUUCUGGAUCGGCUGAAGUUGACUCUGCCUUUGGAUGUCUGGUGGUGUGACAAAAGGAAAGAUCUGAGAUGGUCCAUCGAGUUUCCGCCCCCCGUCCAUGAUAGUGACAUUGACCAGGAUCCGGACCUGUGCAAUCUCCUGCUCAUCCUCCACCCGAGGAUCCCCGAGACCCAAACUAGGGUCGAACCCGUGCCCAAUGACCGGUCGACUAUGGUCAAGUGGGUGGGGGACAUUCGGCUCUGCGGGCCUUUGCCUGUACGUUCGCGUCAGGUGUAG